AUGCCAAACGUUUUCUCUCAGAAUGACCUGGAUUUUGGCCAUACUGAUAAAGUGAAACACAGAAUCAAGCUCAGUGAUGAGACGCCUUUUAAGCAGAGAGCACGUCCGAUACACCCCAACGAUGUAGAUGCUGUGAGACAACAUAUACAGGAACUCCUAGAUUCUGGAGUCAUACAGGAAUCUGAGUCUCCAUUUGCUUCUCCAAUUGUUGUGGUUCGCAAAAAGAAUGGUUCUGUUCGUCUGUGUGUAGAUUACAGAAAGCUGAAUAUGCAGACCAUCAAAGAUGCCUACGCUCUUCCAAAACUGGAAGAUGCUUUCACUGCACUUGCUGGUUCUAAGUGGUUCUCCGUUCUAGACCUCAAGUCAGGCUACUAUCAGGUCGAAAUGCAAGAAGCAGACAAGCAUAAGACUGCAUUUGUGUGUCCAGUUGGAUUCUGGGAAUUCAACAGGAUGCCACAAGGAAUAACAAAUGCGCCUUCAACCUUCCAAAGACUGAUGGAAAAUGUGUUGGAUAUGAACCUAAAAGAAGUUUUAGUGUUCAUUGAUGACUUGAUUAUUUUCUCAGCCUCCCUGGAAGAACAUGAACAGCGCUUGCAGCGUGUUCUUGAACGAUUGAUGACAUAUGGUUUGAAACUGGCACCAGAGAAGUGCAAAUUUUUUCAAACGUCAGUAAAAUACCUUGGUCACAUUGUUUCUGAGAAAGGAGUUGAAACAGACCCUGAAAAAGUUUCGGCCUUACAGACUUGGCCGAUCCCCACAAAUCUUAAACAGCUUCAAUCUUUCUUAGGAUUUGCUGGAUACUACCGACGGUUCAUUCAGGGGUACUCUACUAUUGUAAAGCCACUUAAUGAACUAACGUCUGGUUAUCCACCACUCAGAAAGCUAAAUAAGAGACAGAAAAUAAAUUCGAGCUCAGAGUAUCGCAACCCAAAGGAGCCCUUUGGUGAGCGGUGGACACCUCAAUGUCAGAAAGCUUUCGAUGACAUAAUAAGUAAGCUAACAUCAGCUCCAGUCUUGGGUUUUGUAGACCCCCAGCUUCUGUAUGUCUUACAUACAGAUGCCAGCACUGUUGGCCUUGGGGCUGCAUUAUAUCAGGUUCAAGAUGGUCAAUCUCGAGUCAUAGCUUUUGCGAGUCGAGGACUUUUAAAGAGCGAGAGGAAGUACCCGGCUCAUAAGCUUGAAUUUUUGGCUCUUAAAUGGGCAGUCACAGAAAAAUUAUCUGAUUACCUAUAUGGUACAGACUUCACAGUAGUGACGGACAGCAACCCACUUACAUAUAUUUUAACAUCUGCAAAGCUGGAUGCGACAGGGUACAGGUGGUUGUCCAGUCUUUCUACUUACUCAUUCAGUCUUCAGUACAGGGCGGGAAAGCAAAAUCUUGAUGCUGAUGCACUGUCUCGCCGACCUCAUGAUCCACCAAAGGAUGAUUAUGCAUCAAAGAAGGAAAGUGAGAGAAUCCGGCAGUUCACAUUGUACCAUCUGAGCAAUCCUGACAGUCCAGAGACUGUUCCCCAGGAGGUGAUUAAGGCUAUUUGUGAACGUCAUAUGGUCACUUCAUCUGUAGCUGGUGUUCAAGCCGCCACUCCUGGGUUGACAUUAGUUGAAUCUCUCACUCACCAGUCCAAAUUGCCCACCAAUGCUACGAAGCAGACUCAUUCCCAGUAUGUUGGCAAUUUAAAAUCUCGAUUGGAAGAAAGUUACCGUAUUGCUACUAGCAAUGCAGAAAAGAAUGCAAGUCACAAUAAAGCCAGAUUUGACCGGCGAGUGAUUGAAUCAACUUUGCAGACAGGAGACAGAGUUCUUGUGCAAAAUGUGAAGCUGCGUGGAAAACAUAAAUUGGCAGACAAGUGGGAGGAGGAUGUUUAUGUUGUCCUCAAGAGAGCUGGAGAAAUGCCAGUUUAUACAGUUAAACCGGAAAGUAAAGAUGGACCAGUGCGGACUCUGCACAGAGACCUGCUUCUGCCAUGUGGAUUCCUGUCAGCAGCUGCAGAGCCUGAAACAGUCAAACCUUGUCCAAACAGGAGACCCAGAACGAGACAAUGUCCAGUCGUCGAGAGUGAAGAGGAAAUCAUCUCAGAUCUGGAUGAUGUACCUGAUUGGACAUCGUUCCCUCGUUUUGUGUCAAAACCCGAUGUAUAUGUCAUAGUGCCUGAAACUCACAAGUCAAGUGAGCAUCCCAGUGCAGUUCGACCAUCAGCAGAAACAGGGAGAUCUGUAGUUUCCCUCUCACCUGAUGUUCCAGCUACUCAUAUUGUAGGAGAUAGAAGUACUGGAGAUAUUCAAGAUGCAUCAAGUGUUCACCUACCUGAAAAUGACAACCUACUGGAACAUAACAGAUUAUCCGAAGCAAACGUUUUACCUGAACUAAAUUCAGUUAAAGGAUCCCCUCAGUGUUUGGAUUUGCAGCAAUCUGAGGAAACUCCUCCAUAUAAUGGGAUGAGCUCAGAUGCAGCAUAUGAUGAUGAGUUUUAUGGAGUAAAUGAACCUGUUACUGCCCAACCUGAACCCUUAAAGUUUCAGACUGAGGGACUUCAAAACUCUGAAACAUUUCUUCGUCGCUCUGAAAGAGUACACACAAAGCCAAACAGAUUAGAGUAUCCAAAACUGGGAAAUCCUCUGAUGGUGGUGAAUUCUCUUUUCCAGGGUCUAAGUGAAGCAUUGGCUAGCUCCCUGAAUGGCUUGGAGAAUGCAUCCCAUAAUUCCAUCAGGCAUGCUUAA